CUUCUUCCUCUAACAGAAUCUUUCAAGACGACAGCAUACAAUACAUGAUUGCAAGGAUGAAUACCAAAUUGUUUAUCCUUGGUUCUUUGUUUUUGCUUCUUUGCUGCAAACUGCAGGAGAUUGUUGGCGAAGAGGAUCAGUCCUACCCAUUAGACAUGGCUGAAGAAUCAGUUGAUGACAGGUACUCUACCUGUGUUACAAAGAUGGAAGAAAAGGUCAAGAACACAUACUUUAAAAAUGAAGCAAAAAAUACGCUAUUCGGAGAAGUUUGGACAAAAGCUGAAAAUUGUGCUCAAAGAAACUUAAAGGAAAGAGAAAAAGGAGAUGAAGCAUUGACAAAAGAUCACAUGCAAGCAAUUUGUCUUUACACAGCUGGAGGACAAGAAAACUUCUAUAAGAUAUUCAAUAAUGCAGUUAAGACCAUGAGAAAUUACUAUGGCUCAUCCUUUCAAUUCCAUUCCUUACAUUUUUGGCUGACUAGGGUUAUACAGAUACUCAAACAACCAGGAUGUCACAUCACAUACCGCAGAACCAAAACUAAGUUCACUGGUGAUGUCAACAAAGAAAUUCGAUUUGGUACUUUUACUUCUUCCUCUAAUUUAUCAAACCUGACCAAUUUUGGUAAAAAGACAUGCUUUAAAAUUGAAACUUGUUAUGGUGCCUUUUUAAAAAAAUACCCAAAACUUAAAGAUCAUGAGAAGGAAUGGCUCAUUCCACCAUAUGAAAAGUUCAAAAUAACUAGCAAAGGUAAGACAGAGGGUCUUUUUGACUGUGAGAAUGUUUAUACUUUGAAAAGCACUGGUGUCUUAAGCAACCUUGACUGCAGUAUAAGUCAUCUGUGAUCUUUUUUUCUCUAAAUCUGUAGCUAUGCACCCAUGCAUUUUCUUCUUGCCCAAUGUUUAGACAAGUCCAACCUGUAAGAGGCAGGUUCACAUUAAUCACCUCAUUUCUAAUGAAAAUACAGAUGUUUGAUACGUGACAUUAAUCUAAGGGCUACUUCAGUGGAGCUUACAGUUUUGGCUUUUGCCAUCUUAAAACAACCUUUAAUAUAUCUGAAUUUUUUUUCAAAUGAAACAUAUACUUUAACAUUUUGGAGUGACUAGUGUCUGCAAAACUAAAUCAACACAAAUACAUUUGUGAAACAAUUUUGACUUGCAUCCCAUGGUUUUCCAGUUAUUUUGAGAAACUUGUGUAAAAAUUGUAUUCAGGUGAUAAUGAUUAGGUUGCUUCUGCUACAGACAAGAUAUUGACUAAUCAAAACCUUUCCUCUAAAAUGCUUUAUCUGCUGAAAACUCAAAUGUUUCAAUACUUUACUUUACUUUACUUUGAUGUGUUUUCUUCAACA